UGUGUUUCCGCACGGACCUCUAUUAACGCAGUACCGUCCGUGCACAUGUGUAAACAAGGAGCCGGAAAAUUUCGAAACUAAGUAAUGUUGCUACAGCUGGUGGGUUUGUGCCAGUAAUCUCCUGUCAUAGUUUAGCUACGUAAGAUUUGUAAACAAUAAAACCGUACUCUUAAAAAUAUAUAUUUGGAUGGAAAAUGGCGUCUUCGGCGGUGCAAAAUGACAGCGAUGAUGGCAUGGACGAGUUCAUGGACAAAUUCAAGACCCAGAGAUAUAAAAAUGCUUUCACGGAAAACAACUGGGAAGAGGAGUUUAAUAAAGUGCCUAUGUUUAUGAAAUCAGCCCCCGAAAACCUUGACCCACAAAAAUACCCAGAACUAGCAUGUCUCCAGGCCAUGAUCCAUGAUGAAGACAGGCCUCCAGAAGAACAAGCAAAGAGCCUGAAAGAUGAGGGAAACGCGUUUUUCAAGGAGAAGAACUACCAGAAGGCUGUACUGUCAUACACUGCGGGUUUGAAAAAGAAAUGUGGGGAUGAGGACCUCAACACUGUUCUUCUCACCAACCGGGCUGCAGCACACUUUCACAUGGGUAACAUGCGGUCUGCACUGAAUGAUGCUGCAGCUGCAAAGAAGAUCAAACCAGACCACCUUAAAGCCCUGAUCAGAGGAGCUCAGUGUUAUAUAGGGCUGCGCAACUUUGCUGAGGCAAUCCAGUGGUGUGACACGGGUCUCAGGGCCCACCCCACAGACAAGAAGCUGCAGGAGCUGAGAGCUGCUGCAGAUACGCACAAGAGGGCAGCAGAGAGAGAUGCCAGGAAGGCCAAGGCCAAAGAAAAAAAGCUACAUGGAGAGAAAGAAGCUCUUCUGGCUGCUAUAAAGGAUCGAGGCGUUAAGCUCCUGCAGUCUGUGAAGCCUCGUCAGCAGCUUGGUUCAGACAGUGAGGAUGAGGAUGAAGGCUCCUCGGCAGCAAUGGCACAGCUGAGCCUGGAUGGCCUCAGCUCUCAGGAGGCCACCGGGGCUCAGGUCUUCCUGGACGAGCAGGGCUCUCUGCGCUGGCCUGUGCUCUUCCUUUAUCCUGAACACCAGCAAAGUGAUUUCAUCUCAGCCUUCUGUGAGAACAGCUGUUUCACAGAUCACCUGUUGGUCAUGUUUGGAGAAGAACUUCCACCUUGGGACACAGACAGAAAAUAUCACCCACAAAAUCUGCAGUUGUACUUUGAAGAUGAAGAGAAGGAGACACUCUACCAAGUAAACCCAGAAAUGUCACUUUUAAAAGUGUUGCAGCAUAAAAGGUUUUUUGUCAAAGCAGGCACUCCCAGCUUCAUCCUUUUGGUAAAUGACUCCUUGUUCUGGAAGCAGUUUUUAACAGGAAAGAAAAUACAAGGAUUAUAAAAACCUUGCUCUUUAAAACUGGCUUUUAAUAUAGAAAUCUCCUCAACCCUAAAGGACUGACUUUGUUUUUGAAAAAGACUAAGGUAAAUAUGUACAUCUCUUGCACCCAAGAGCUUGGCAUAAUGUUGAUACAGUACAUGUUGAAAUAAAUUUAAAAUAUGA